AUGAUUAACGAUAAAAAUGAAAACAAUAAUAAGAAAUUUAAUUACAAUAAAAUAACAACAACAACAACAAUAAUAAUAAUAAUAAUAGCAAUAAUUUUAACGACUAGUAUCGAUAUAUCAGAAUGUAAAUCCAUUUCUAUUAGCAGAAAACAUAAAGAUAUUCAUCUAUAUCACCCAGAAACCAAAGAGUUAAUUUUAACAAGCACUGUAAAUAAUAAAAAAAUUAGUCGUCAGGAUAUACACUAUUUAAUAAAUAAAAACCAAUAUAAAAAUAAAUUAUUAAUAACAAACCACAAUGAUACUAACAGUAAUAGUAGCAAUAUCAACAACAACAACAACAAAACAUCAAAAAUAUAUAGUUUUUUAAAAUUAAAAAAUAAUGAUUAUAAUCAUAACAUAACGUAUUACAAUUUAAAAAAAAGGAAUAAAGAUAAAGAAUUUCAGGACGAUGACGAUUUUAAUAAUAACAAUUUAGAGUUUAUUAAUGAUAGUAAUGGUAGCGAUAACAAUAGUAACAACAACAAUAAUAGCAGUAACAAUGAUAGCAGUAAUAACAAUUAUAUAAAAACAUCGUCAUCAAUUUUAUAUGGCGGUAUAACAUCAUCAUUUGAAUAUUUCAUACCUAUUUUAGUUGGUACACCACCACAAAUGUUUACAGUUCAAGUAGAUACAGGUAGUACAUCAUUAGCUGUACCUGGUUCAAAUUGUUAUUUAUAUAAAUCCCAAUCCAUAAAGACAUCAUGUAGUUGUUCAGAUGGUAAUUUAGAUGGUCUAUAUAGUUUAGAAGAAAGUAUAUCAUCAAAUCAAUUAAAUUGUAGUGACACUAGUAACUGUAAUACUUGUAAAAAUAAUAAAUCUAAUAAACCGUGUCCAUUUGUCCUUAAAUAUGGGGAUGGCUCUUUUAUAGCUGGCUCAUUAGUUAUCGAUCAUGUUACAAUAGGUGAUUUUACCGUUCCUGCUAAAUUUGGAAACAUUCAAAAGGAGUCAUUGUCAUUCUCUCAACUUACCUGCCCCUCAACUCAGAGAUCCCAAGCUGUAAGGGACGGUAUUUUAGGUCUAUCUUUUCAACAACUAGAUCCAGAUAAUGGUGACGAUAUUUUUUCAAAAAUUGUGGCCCAUUAUAAUAUACCGAAUGUGUUUUCUAUGUGUUUAGGAAAAGAUGGUGGUCUGCUAACUAUCGGUGGUACAAACGACCAUAUUACUCAAGAAACUCCAAAAUAUACACCAAUUUUUGACUCUCAUUACUACUCGAUCACAGUAACAAAUAUCUAUGUUGGAAAUGACUCUCUUAAUUUGGCUCCACCCGAUUUAUCCACAUCAAUAGUGGAUAGUGGCACAACCUUAUUAUAUUUUAGUGACGAAAUUUUUUACUCUAUAGUUAGAAACCUAGAAGAGAAGCAUUGCGAACUACCUGGUAUCUGUAACGACCCUUUUUGGGAGGGUAAUUGCCAUCAUUUAGAAGAAAAACUUAUUUCAGAAUAUCCAACAAUCUAUUUAGAAAUGAAAGGUAUGAAUGGAGAACCAUCAUUCAAAUUAGAGGUGCCACCUGAUCUAUACUUUUUAAAUAUCAAUGGUCUCUAUUGCUUUGGUAUAUCGCAUAUGAAAGAAAUCUCUGUUCUUAUUGGUGAUGUAGUUCUUCAAGGUUAUAAUGUGAUCUACAAUCGUGAAAAUAGCUCCAUUGGUUUUGCAAGAACUCAUGGAUGCUCAACCAAAGGCAAUAACAACACAUCUUUGAUGCUCAGUAUUGAAAGUGGAAAUUUACAAAAGUCUACUGAAGAAGAAAGAUUUGCAAGCCCAUUGGUUUUAAAACUAUCAGAUUCGAAAAACAAAACAGCUGUCAGUGGUAUUAUUGUUAGCUUCAAUGUUGUUGGUGGUAAUGCAGAUUUCUACCCAAGCCACAUGUCAUCAAUUAGAAACAUAACAGACUCAAACGGUAUAGUUAGUAUACUGGUUGUACCCAAACUAUUUGGCAAAAUUGUUAUAGAGGCAACUGUAUGGGGUAACAAUAAUACCAAUAUAGUUUAUUUUACUCUUCACAGUAGCAUGAAACCAUGGAAGCUUAUACUUAUCUCAAUUUCGACUAUAGUGUGUUUACUUAUAAUUCUUGCGAUUGGCCUCUUGAUUUAUAAAAAGAAGCUACGUGUUUUUAACAAAUCCUAUCAAUCCUUACCUUUAAAUCGUAAACCUUAUUAUGAUAACGAUGACAACGAUGACAACGAUGACUUUGGGGAGAAUCAAGAAGAAGAUGAAUUUAAUAACCAUCAUCUUUCAAUUAACACCACCGAAUUAAAUAGUAAUAUAAAUAAUAAUGAUAACAUCAUCAACAACAACAACAACAACUUAAAUGAUAAUAGUAAUAACAAUAAUUUAAAUAGUAAUAAUAAUAGUAAACAAUCAGAAUGGAGUAUAUUUAGUAAAAGUUUAAUUAAUGGUUUGGACAUAGAUGGUAAAUAAUUAAUUUUUAAUUAUAUUUUGAAAAACCAUUAAUAUUAACAAUAAACAAUAAAUUGUAAAAAGUAAAAAAAUUAUUAUUAUUAUAAUUUUUUAUUUUUUUUUUUUUAUAUAUGU